CCUUUAAGAUCUGGCCGCUUCCUUUUCCUCUUCUUCCCUCCGCCCCUUGGUGGCUCGUACCAAAGUACAGAAGGAGGAGGGGGAGAAAAGAACCAUCGCCGCCUGGCAGAAGAAGGAACUGCAAAGGCGAGGGCAAAAGACAAGGAGGCCUAGAUAAAUAUCUAUAUUUUCCUUUAUACGGGGUAAGUGUUUUCCCGGAGACGAAGAGAAAGAGAAAAGAUUCCUUCCUCUUGAAUCUUGGCAUCCCGAAGAGACGAGGUUAUUUGGUACACUCCACAGCUUUCCUUCCCUGCCUCCUAACGCUGACCUCAUUUGCUCUCGCAGCCUACAGGUUACGAAAUGACGGCUAGAGAGUGGUCUAGGGCGGGGUUACUUCUUUGCGCGCCCCUAGUGGUAGGAGGGUUAGGUCCAAGGCUCCACUCUAAUCUUUUCCAUCUUCUCAAGCGUCUGGCGCUGGGGUCGCUGCCCUCAAGGAGGGACCUGGAGGGUGGUGGAGGAGAGGAGGGAACGGGGCAUGCUGGGAAAAUGACCCCCACCUUUGGUUCUAGAACCUUUAAUACAUCUCCUGACAACGGGCCUGCGGAAUCUUCGCAGACACCAAGGUUUUUAUAGCAACGGGUAGCAGUGCGGCCCUGGGUCCCUCUCUUUCCAACCUUCUUCCCCAUCUCCGCCUCCCUGUCUCCUCCCCGACACCCCACCCGCCAACAAGCCCUGAAACAGCCGCCGCAGGGGUCCCGUCUCCCUUCGUGCCGAGUAGCUCAAGAUUUCAACCUAUCUGCCAGGGGCAUGGCAUCCACUCCUACCAAGAAUGAGGAGAAAAAGGGCAGCCGGCCGACCCAAGCUGCAUCCUCCUUGGGUGGAGGUCAGAAGGCUUCCUUAUCCCGUUCGGAGGAAUUUCUGACCCGGAUUAGCACAGAACUCACUGAUGAGGCCUUGUUUAUUGCUGGCUGCCACAUGAACCCUGUGCCCACCAAGGAAAAGCAGACACAAGACCAAGGGACUCAGAUAUCUAAACACGUGUUCAUCACCAAGACCCGAGGCACAGAUACCCGCUCUGACAGAAAUCGUACCCGUACCAAGGCACACCUCUUGCCAUCCCCUCGUGAAAAGGGACCUCUGCCUAGCAACUUGACAUCUGGUGGAUGAUCCCGUCUCUUUGGUGCUGCUCUUGGCCGCUCGUUCUCUCCCCCAUUUUGUCCCCCUGGAAGAUGUCCCAAAGCUCCUCUUUCACAACUCAUUGAACACCUCAGUUUUGGGGGGACUCCUGGUUGUGAGCAGCACCAACUCUGAAGCCUCCAAAGUGUUCCAGAACCAGCAUGUAUCUCUUCGCACUCAGCCAACAAGGAUACCACCAGGGAUCAGAGACUUUAAUAAAGAGGGAUCCUGUCCUCUCCGCAACUCGGGCAGUACCCAGUGUUGCUUCUCUGGAAGGCAGCAUAACCUGGGGUAGAGAGGCCGUUUUUUGCUGGGGAUGGGCAGAUUAUCGGAAUAGUUCUAAUUCAGGCAAUUAUCUAAUACCCUGUUGGCAGAGGCGAGCUCCUGGUUCCAAACCCAGUCUCCUAGCAAACGCCAGCCCCUUAGGGUCUAGGCCUGUGGCUUCUGGAAGGGUCCACCCUUGCUUCCAAGGGGCCACCACUGCCACCAACAUCAGUUUUGAGAACCCUGCGCCUUCGAUCUCUGGGGCUUAUGCUUAUGGGAACAUCUCAUACCAGAUUCAGUUCAAUUAAUUCGAAGAAGAGUUCUUUAGAGAAACGGACUAUAAAGUCCUUACCAUGUUCAAAAGUAGAUGAAGUAGAAAAGGACACCCACGAGGGCACAAAACAACCCCAUUGUUUAUGAAAUGCCGCAAAUCUGUGCAAUACUUGGUAGAAAUGUAACAGUAAAUAUGCUUAAAAUGCCAAAACCAUGAAGGGAAAAAAAAAGGAAAGAAAUGGUACACUUAAAUUUUCAAAUGGGGGUUGUAUUUUAGGUAAACUGGUCAGGAGACAAACUGAGAGCUUUUGCCUCGUGCCAAAUAGGGAGGGAGGAACUGCAGUCAGCUGUUUUCCAGCUACAGGAGCCUAGUUCUAGCCCAUCAAGUCCUGUUGAAGAGCCAGCCGAGGCCCAGAGAGCAGCUUGUCCCAGCU